UCAGGUUUUGCAUUUUAUAUUAGUUUCACGUUCGCACCGUAAUAAUGUCGGCAGCUAGCAAAUUGGCAUUUGGAAAUAUACGAAUUGCCUUCAAAUUAAACAAUAAAUCAUGAGCUUGAAUUAUCAAAUUAAUCCGCAAUCUGUGCAAUUAAACAGAGAAUCAAUUCACUUGCACCUGUGUAUGUCUGUGAAGCUUGUGUGUGUGUGUGCGAGUAUCUGUUUACAUGGAUUACGGCAGUGCCUUCAAAGCCACCUUUUAUUGACUACAUUCAGACACCCUCAAUGACUGUUUGCAAAAAUGUCUGUAGCCAACGGCGUGAAUUCAUUCAAUAUAAAUCGAGCAACAAAUUAGUCGCUCGUAAACUAACAACAACAACGCAGAAAAAAGUAUGCGUCAUUCAAGAGACCGUUUUGCUAUUUUGUUCGGCACUUCACUUGUCGCAAUAACGUUUUUCUUGGUACUCGACAUUGAAUCGGGACUUAAUUUACGAGCUCCGUAUCUACAACUACCGGAAAAUGAUAUUGAACCUACCAAAAAUAGCCAAGAGAAUGAUCCAAAACCGGAUGAAAUUAGCAACCAAACCAACUAUCAAUACCAAGGUGAACAAAUCGAUGACGGUGAUACUGGCAUCUUUACUAAUUUAAAGCGGAAUAUUGAACUUAAUUUCAGAAAAAUUGGGAAUUUUAGACAGUUCAUCGACGCCAGAUCAUCUUCGUCAAAUGAUGACGUAGGAAAUGUAUUAAAUUCGCCAAAAAAUCACUUCACUGACCUGCAGGCAGCCAUUGAUUACAUUGAAAUGAAAGACUCGAGUACGAAAACGCCUAAAAUAGAAUCGCCAACGUUAGGGUAUUUGUUAUCCGUUAAAGCAAAUGAGAACUGGACCAUUUUAGACAAAUUCAAUUACAAAAUCAAACAGAAUGAACUGUAUGCGGAGGAUUCCAAAACAAUUGAUGCCCUAAUUCGGGAAAUGGCCACACGGAAAAUUUCAUAUGUCGAGGAAAAAGCGGGUGGGACUCAAAUUAAAAUGAAAAUGCACUUUGAUAACGGAAUGUUGGCUGUGUCCAAACCGAUGAGAUUCCCGAGGGAGCAGCAAACGCUUGAAAAUUCGAUGCUGUAUGCAGACUAUGAACGACAUACAGCCGAUAUUGCUGCGUUUCAUUUGGACAGACUUUUGGGCUUUCGGCGUGCAUUCCCUGUCACUGGUCGCAUAUUGAAUAUGACUUCGGAAGUUUACGACCGCUCCGAAAAGAAAUUAAGAAACACAUUUUUCACAUCGUUACAACCAUACAGUAACAAAUGUUUUUACGGAACUUGCCGCAGAUACUGUGAUAUUUACCAUCCGGUGUGUGGUGUAAAUGGAAUGUUAGAGGCAUCAGUCAUAGCAUAUUUCCCCGAUUAUCUGGGCAUAAGAAACGAUCGCAUCAAACAUCCGUGGCGAAAAGCAUACAAUCCAUAUAGCAAAGCCAUUUGGGAACUCGAUCCAAAGUACUGCAAAAAAGUAAAGACUCAACCACCGUACAACAAAGGACGACGCUUGUUGGAUCUGAUCGAUAUGGCGAUUUUCGAUUUUUUAUCCGGCAACAUGGAUCGACAUCACUAUGAAACUUUCACCAUUUUCGGUGAAAAUACAUUCACAAUACAUUACGAUAACGGAAGAGGUUUUGGACGUGCUUUCUAUGAUGAGUUGGCCAACUUGGCACCGCUGGUGCAGUGCUGCAUGAUUCGGACGUCCACAUUGAAAAUACUUUUGAGAUUUCACAAUGGACCAAAUCCACUGUCCGAACUGAUGCGAGAAUCAAUGGCAUCGGAUCCGGUCAGCAAAAAUGCACCCGUUCUGUGGGAGCCACAUCUCAAAGCGCUUGACCGUCGUGUUGGCAUUAUUUUAACCGAGCUACAAGGCUGCAUCGAAACUCAUUCCGUUCAUGACGUACUUUAUCCACGUGAUGAGUUUUGAAACGAAUAUACGAAUGAGUUCGAGCUACAAACAAACACACAAACACAUACACGCGAGAAAUGUAAAAUCCAUCGUCGGGCAGUGAUUGCAAUAUUUUCAAACCAUAGGCAAACAUUGUGUAUAAUUGAAUUCCAAAAUAUAAGAAAUCUCUAGUCAGAGACUUUGUUGAGAAA